AAUAUGUACAUAUAUAUAUUUAAAAUGUUCCCUUCAAUUGUUGUUUUGUUCCUUCCCUCCCUCGCAGACGUGGCAGCAAUCCUAGAAUUUAGUCGAAGAUGUCGGGUCAGACGCUGACAGAUCGCAUCGCGGCUGCUCAGUACAGCGUGACAGGAUCAGCCGUAGCUAGGGCUGUCUGCAAAGCAACCACACAUGAAGUGAUGGGGCCCAAGAAAAAACACCUGGACUAUCUCAUCCAGGCCACAAAUGAGACAAAUGUCAACAUUCCCCAAAUGGCUGAUACACUUUUUGAGCGAGCAACAAAUAGUAGUUGGGUGGUUGUGUUCAAAGCCUUAGUUACAACACAUCAUUUAAUGGUUCAUGGCAAUGAGAGAUUUAUUCAGUAUUUGGCAUCUAGAAACACACUAUUCAACCUCAGCAAUUUUCUGGACAAAAGUGGAUCACAUGGAUAUGACAUGUCCACCUUUAUCAGGCGCUACAGUAGAUACUUGAAUGAAAAAGCAUUUUCCUACAGACAAAUGGCAUUUGAUUUUGCAAGAGUGAAGAAAGGGGCGGAUGGUGUAAUGAGGACAAUGGCUCCAGAAAAAUUACUGAAGAGCAUGCCUAUAUUGCAGGGACAAAUAGAUGCACUUCUUGAGUUUGAUGUUCAUCCAAACGAAUUGACAAAUGGGGUUAUAAAUGCUGCAUUCAUGCUUCUGUUCAAAGAUCUCAUCAAGCUUUUUGCUUGUUACAAUGAUGGUGUUAUUAACUUAUUAGAGAAGUUUUUUGAAAUGAAGAAGGGCCAGUGCAAAGAUGCUCUUGAAAUUUACAAACGGUUUCUAACUAGAAUGACAAGAGUAUCAGAAUUCCUUAAAGUUGCAGAGCAAGUUGGAAUUGAUAAAGGAGACAUUCCCGAUCUCACACAAGUAUUGCUGACCAGAGUUCUCUGUGAUCUGAAAAGCAGUGAUGAUAAUGAAAAAUCUCCUUUUAAAGACUAUGCAAUUGAUGAACCGGCUCCUAGUAGUCUUAUGGAGACUCUUGAACAGCAUCUAAACACUUUGGAAGGAAAGAAAGGGAACAGUGAAGGCUCUGGUGCUCCUUCACCCUUAAGCAAGUCUUCUCCAGCCACAACUGUUACAUCUCCUAAUUCUACCCCAGCAAAAAGUAUUGAUACAUCUCCUCCAGUUGAUCUCUUUGCAACUUCUUCGACAGCUGCUCCAGUCAGUGCUUCCAAACCUUCCAGUGAUCUUCUAGAUCUUCAGCCAGACUUCACAUCUACUACUGCACAAGCAGCAUCAGCAGCUUCUGCUGGGGCAACUUCAUGGGGAGAUCUCUUGGGAGAGGACAGUUUGGCUGCGCUUUCUGGUGUUACCUCUGAGCCACAGAUUACAGAUCCAUUUGCACCAGAGCCCACUCCAGCUCCUGCUGCAACGACUGAAUUAGCAACUGCUUCUUCUUCUGCAACUGCACCUGUUACUACUGCUACCGAAGUGGAUCUCUUUGGAGAUGCCUUUGCAGCUUCUCCUAGUGAAGCCCCUGCGGCACCUGAAGGGGCGGCAGCACCAGCUACCCCAACCCCUGUAGCAGCAGCUCUUGAUGCAUGUUCAGGAAAUGACCCCUUUGCCCCAUCUGAAGGCAGUGCAGAGGCUGCUCAAGAGCUGGACCUCUUUGCUAUGAAGCCAACUGAGACCAGCGUUCCUAUAGUUACCCCUACAACUAGUGCAGCCACUCCAGUUCCCGCAACUACUCCUACUCCAGCUGCAGCUGCCACCAUGGCCCCUCCAACCCCUGCUACAACUGCUUCUACUACUACCACUACCACUACUGCUACCACGUCUGCUACCACCACCACUACCACCACCUCUGCUCCUCCUCCUGCUCUAGAUAUCUUUGGUGAUUUGUUUGACUCUGCACCUCCUGAAGCCCCUGCAGCACCUAAGCCAGAUGCUACUCCUAGCAUAGACCUGUUUGGUACAGAUACUUUUUCUUCUCCACCAACUGGAGCUUCUCCUGUGCCUGAGAGUUCUCUCACUGGUGAUCUCUUAUCUGUGGACGCAUUUGCAGCACCGUCAUCCCUGCCCCCUGGCUCUCCAGCUAAAGUGGAGUCUUCAGGUGUGAUUGACCUGUUUGGUGAAGCUUUUGGAAGUAGUGCUCCUGAAUCCCAGCCUGCAACCCAAGCUGCUUCUAGCUCCUCUGCUUCUGCUGAUCUAUUGGCGGGCUUUGGAGGUUCUUUCAUUGCUCCGUCUCCAUCACCUUCUCCUGUUACACCAGCUCAGGCUAACAUACUACAGCCCAAUUUUGAAGCAGCUUUUGGUGCAUCACCUUCUCCUUCCCCUGGUGGUACUUCCUUUGAUCCCUCAGUGUUUGAUGGCUUAGGUGACCUUCUUAUGCCAACCAUGACACCAUCUGGACAAUCUCUGUCUGCUUCAGGCACAGCCGCUGCUGCUUCAGCUGCAACCAAAGGCAUUGGAAGCGAUCUUGAUUCAUCGCUCGCAAACUUAGUAGGAAAUCUUGGAAUUUCUGCAACUGCAUCGAAGAAGGGAGACCUUCAGUGGAAUGCUGGGGAGAAAAAGUUAACAGGAGGUGCUAACUGGCAACCAAAAGUGGCACCUGCAACAUGGUCAACUGGUGUUCCUCCCAGUAGCCCAAUGACAGGAUCCGUACCUCCAGCAGGUGCUGUCCCCCCUGCAUCAAGCGCCGCUCCUGCACAGCCUGGAUCAGGAUUUGGAAUGCAACCCCCUGGAGCAGGUGUUCCAAUGAUGCCACAGCAGCCUGUUAUGUAUGGACAGCCUGCAAUGAGGCCACCAUUUGCAGCAGCUGCAGGACCUGGUGCACAACUGUCUCCGAGUCCCACACCUGCUACUCAGAGUCCCAAGAAACCUCCAACAAAGGACCCAUUAGCAGAUCUUAACAUCAAAGAUUUCUUAUGAACUAUUUAUGUUUUAUGACAGGAUAAUUGAAGAUGCAAGUUUGGAAUCAACAAAGAAGAAUUUUGUUGCUCAGAAUUUCCAAGUGAGCCACCACUACCAAACCCAGUGCUUACUCAGACUUCUCUCCUACUUCCAAAACGUGUAGCACAGCUGUGAAAGUGAACAUUAGGAAUGUGUACUAUAUUAGUUGUUAUCCCUUCUCUCUCUCUCUCUCUCUUUCUCAGUUUGUGUACUUGGGUUAUUAUUUAUGUGUUUUACAACUUAAACAAUGGAUGUAUGUUUCUGAUGCCUUCUUAGUGCUUUUCUGAACCUAUUUCAAUAGGGACUGAUUAUGCAGCUGUUGUGUGUGGUGAGCCAUAUGGAGCGAUGUGUCUGUGUUUCUGGAAGUCUCAAUGUAAAUAACUGGCAAACCCUCUAAAUCUUCCUCUUUGAAGUCCAAUUUCUCUUGUAUACCUGUUAUACAAAACAAUAGUGUGAUGAUGGUAGUAAGAAAAGCACUCUUCAAUCCUACAAAUUCUUUUUUGUGUGGAAUACAAUUUUUUUUUCCAAAUGCAGAAUUCUCAAAUUGUUGUGGGAUAUGUUUUAUUUUUGUGGCACUGUAUAUGUUAAGUUUAAAUUAUAAUUAAAAGUAAUAUAAAGAAAAAAAUCCCAUUUAAUGCAUCUUCUAUGAAAUUACUUCAAGAAGAAUUAAGAAGAAAACAACAUUAUAUUGUCUUUUGCUGUCAUUAAAAAAACAACAGCUUUUUUGUCUGUCCUUUUAAGUGCACUGAAAGUGAGAGGGGAGUUUCUAGCCAUGCUGAUGAAGAAACCCAAACAUGGUGGAGCAAACAUUUCAAGAAUUGUCAGGAUAAUCAGUGUAUCUACUGGCAAAUCCUGAAAACUGGUUUUUAUUUUAUUUUUAUUUAGCUCUUACAUGCAUCGGUUAGUUUGGUGCUUCUCUAUAUUUGCCUUAGACUAGUGUUUUUCUAUCCCCAUACAGCACUGUGUAUUUUCUGUACUGUUCGUGAUUAGAGGUCACACUAAACUGGAGAACUGCACCCUUAACUGUAAACAACAACAAAAAGUAUUCUUUUUACAUUUUAGUUUGUUCUCUCAUACUGUUCGUGCUGAUGGCUUGGCUUAAGAUUUUUGACUCCUUAAUAAGGUCACUGUUGAUCAGUGUUACAAGUGGCUUGGCAGCUCUUUGUAAAAGCAUAUUAGGUUGGAAAGAUGUUCACCAAAGUCUUUCAAAUUAACUAUUUAAUCAAUAUAUGGUACCAUUCUUAAGAGGUGGCUGUAAACUGAAUUUAUUGUGGGGAUAAGAUACACUAUAAUGACAGAGAGUUAGAGAGAGAAUUUCAAAAUGGGUUUUCUUUGUAUUUUGUUUUGAGAAAAACCCAGUGCAUGUAUACCCUCUGAGAUGCAAUAAAACACCUUGAUCAAAGUCAA